CAUCUCCUGGACCUACUUACUCUCCCAUUAUUAAAACCCGUUGCUUCGGUACCUCCUUCGUCCACCACCUCUCCUCUUUCACCCUCCCAAUCUCUCUCCGGCUCCGCCGCUCGAUUCCAGUGGCACUGGCAAUGGCGAAGAACGGGAAACUAAACAAGCUGACGCGCAUGAUAAAGAGAUGGAAUUCCUCCAAUAGAAUCCACCGUACAGGCGACAGCGAUUCAGGGCGGUCGGAAGAGUACGAAACGUGGCAUGCCGCGUCGUUCCGCGGAAACGAAGUCCCCGCCGGGUUCCAUGAGGUAUAUGUCGGUAAGUCUCGCCGGCGGUACGUCGUAAGCUCAGAUCUCGUUGACCACCAGCUUUUCAAGAACCUUGUCAAUCGCUCCGGCGGCGGCGGUGGCGGCGCUACAGUCGUCGACUGCGAGGUUGUGCUCUUCGAACACUUACUGUGGAUGCUCGAGAACGCCGAACCGCAGCCCGAGUCGCUUGAUGAGCUGGUUGACUUCUACGCCUGUUGAUGGUCUCGCCGGGGGGUAACCGUCCCGGCGGAGGACUGGACCGCGGUGGAGCUAUUGCGCAUUUUCUUGUUUUUUUUUUUGGGGGGGGCGUUAUUUGUGUAGAAUUUACAGCUUGAGAUUGUAGUCCAAGCCAAGGGGGGAGGGGGUAAAUAAGUAAAUGUUUGAUGAUGAUUAACCAUUUAUAAUCACUGAUGACGUCAUUGGGCCUCCAUUAACCCUUUGGGGUUCUACGAAGUUGCUCUGAACAAUGGUGUUGUAAUUGUAAUUUUGAAUUUCUGGAAUAAUGGCAUCCUAUUGCCAUGUACAUUUUCAUUGAGAAAUAUAUUUCCUUAUUCCAUAUUAA